ACUCUUUUUAGAGAUGCAGAGUCAGGGUGUGGAUCUUGAUCUUGUAACGUACACAAUAAUGCUUGAUGGUCUUUGUAAGAAUGGAAAACUGGACGAGGCACUUGAACUAUAUUGCCAGUUGGAAACGAGUGGGAUUGACCUCGAUAUCUUUGUCCAUAGUCUUAUGAUGCAUGGCUUGUGCAAGAGUGACAAGGUUGAUGAGGCACUCGGAUUGUUUAAUAAACUUUCUGAUAAAGGGAUUGAACCGAACGUAAACACGUACAAUACAAUGAUUACUGGAUUUUGUAGAAAAAGUUUGCUCAGUGAAGCCGACAAGCUGUUUAAGAAUAUGAAAAAGAUUGGUUGUAUGCCAAAUGAUUGUACGUAUAAUGUACUGAUCCGAGGUCAUCUCAAAGGUGGCCAUGUAGCAACUGUUAUCGAGCUUAUUCGGGAAAUGAGAAGCUGCGGUUUUUCAUCAGAUGUUUCAACCGUGGAAAUGGUUGUUGGUAUGUUAUCGGACGGGAGAUUGGAGAAAAGUUUUUUGGUUCUUCUUUCUCGGUGAGCUGUAAUGCGGAGGUUGCUUUCGGUCAUGGAAGUCUUGUGACAACGAGGUGAGUUCUUCUGUUCUGAAUUUAGGCUUGUUUAGCUGUUCUGAAUUUUCAUCAGAACCACAUUG